AUGGAUACACUUAGAGACUUUGUCCAGAUUUAUUUGCCCCUUUAUGGCAACGUUUCUCACCACGACCCCUGGGGUAGUUAUGGCACCGUUACUGACUACGACCCCUGGGGUAGUUAUGGCAACGUUACUGACCACGACCCCUGGAGUAGUUAUGGCACCGUUACUGACCACGACCCCUGGGGUAGUUAUGGCAACGUUUCUCACCACGACCCCUGGGGUAGCUAUGGCACCGUUACUGACUACGACCCCUGGGGUAGUUAUGGCAACGUUACUGAUGACGACCCCUGGAGUAGUUAUGGCACCGUUACUGACCACGACCCCUGGGGUAGUUAUGGCAACGUUACAGACCACGAUCCCUUGGGUAGUUAUGGCACCGUUACCGACCACGACCCCUGGGGUAGUUAUGGCAACGUUACUAACCACGACCCCUGGGACCACGACCCCCGGGGUAGUUAUGGCAACGGUACAGACCACGACCCCUGGGGUAGUUAUGGCAACGAUACAGACCACGACCCCUGGGGUAGUUAUGCCAACGUUACAGACCACGACCCCUGGGGUAGUUAUGUCAACAUAACAGACCACGACCCCUGGGGUAGUUAUGCCAACGUUACAGACCACGACCCCUGGGGUAGUUAUGGCAACGUUACAGACCACGACCCCUGGGGUAGUUAUGGCAACGGUACAGACCACGACCCCUGGAGUAGUUAUGGCAACUUAUGGCAACGUUACAGACCACGACCCCUGGACUGGAGUAGUUAUGGCAACGUUACUGACCACGACCCCUGGGGUAGUUAUGGCACCAUUACUGACCACGACCCCUGGGGUAGUUAUGGCACCAUUACUGACCACGACCCCUGGGGUAGUUAUGGCAACAUUACAGACCACGACCCCUGGGGUAGUUAUGGCAACGUUACUGACCACGACCCUUGGGGUAGUUAUGGCAAUGUUACUAACCACGACCCCUGGGGUAGUUAUGACAGCGUUACUGACCACGACCCCCGGGGUAGUUAUGGCACCAUUACUGACCACGACCCCUGGGGUAGUUAUGGCAACGUUACAGACCACGACCCCUGGGGUAGUUAUGUCAACAUUACAGACCACGACCCCCGGGGUAGUUAUGGCACCGUUGCUGACCACGACCCCUGGGGUAGUUAUGGCAACGUUACAGACCACGACCCCUGGGGUAGUUAUGGCAACAUUACUGACCAUGACCCCUGGGGUAGUUAUGGCAACGUUACAGACCACGACCCCUGGACUGGAGUAGUUAUGUUAUGGCAACGUUACAGACCACGACCCCUGGACUGGAGUAGUUAUGGCAACGUUACUGACCACGACCCCUGGGGUAGUUAUGGCACCAUUACUGACCACGACCCCUGGGGUAGUUAUGGCACCAUUACUGACCACGACCCCUGGGGUAGUUAUGGCAACAUUACAGACCACGACCCCUGGGGUAGUUAUGGCAACGUUACUGACCACGACCCUUGGGGUAGUUAUGGCAAUGUUACUAACCACGACCCCUGGGGUAGUUAUGACAGCGUUACUGACCACGACCCCCGGGGUAGUUAUGGCACCAUUACUGACCACGACCCCUGGGGUAGUUAUGGCAACGUUACAGACCACGACCCCUGGGGUAGUUAUGUCAACAUUACAGACCACGACCCCCGGGGUAGUUAUGGCACCGUUACUGACCACGACCCCUGGGGUAGUAAUGGCAACGUUACAGACCACGACCCCUGGGGUAGUUAUGGCAACAUUACAGACCACGACCCCCGGGGUAGUUAUGGCACCGUUACUGACCACGACCCCUGGGGUAGUAAUGGCAACGUUACAGACCACGACCCCUGGGGUAGUUAUGGCAACGUUACAGACCACGACCCCUGGGGUAGUUAUGGCACCAUUACUAACCACGACCCCUGGGGUAGUUAUGGCAACGUCACAGACCACGACCCCUGGGGUAGUUAUGGCAACGUUACAGACCACGACCCCCGGGGUAGUUAUGGCACCGUUACUGACCACGACCCCUGGGGUAGUAAUGGCAACGUUACAGACCACGACCCCUGGGGUAGUUAUGGCAACAUUUGA